AUGUCCUUGAUUAUCGCUGGCCCCAUAGCCAUAAUCACAGCUUUCUUUCUCUGGCACUACUGUUACCAACUGUUCUUCAGCCCUCUCGCACGAAUCCAAGGACCUCUGAUAUACGCAUUGACAGGAUGGCGGCUCGCAUAUGAGGACUACAAAGGCGAUCGCUCGCGUACCCUCCACAAACUGCAUAGCAAAUAUGGCCCCGUCAUCCGCGUGGGCCCUGACGAGGUAUCGUUCAACAGCACGUCCGCGCUGCGAGUGAUCUAUGGCGCUGGUAGCAGAUUCGAACGAACAGGUUUUUACAGGAUGUUCGAUGUAGCCGGGCGUCCAAAUUUGUUCUCAUUUGCGUCUGGAAAAGCGCACGGGGACCGCAAGAGAAUUCUAGCGCAUGCGUAUGCCAAAUCGAGGAUGCUGAAAGGCGAUACCGCAGCAUUGAUUGAGAAGAAGGUCCGGAUAUAUCAGGAGCUUAUUGAGCGGGAGGGUCCGACGAGCAAUAUAUUUAACAGUCUGCAUUACUUUUCGCUUGAUGUUAUAACCGAGUUCCUUUACGGACGAUUCGGGAGAACAGCAUGUCUACAGGGCGUCAAGGCAGACCGUGCUCUAACAAGGGCGAUGGGGAAUCCGGAGCGUCGCAAGUUGACAUGGUUUAGUGUGCAUUUUCUUCGCUUCACGGAAUGGCUUUACACGAGGGACGGGGCCCUGGGCUGCCUUGCGCGACAGUUUUAUCCCAUGCAAGCACCUACUACGUACAUGGGUAUCCGGAAUCAUGCGCUGAAAGCUUGUCAGUCCUUUUCUGCUGUGACAAACGAUGAAAAGAAUAUGGAAGGAUCAUCAGCCCUAAUCGCACGGUUGUGGCAGCACCAUCGCUCUAGAAAAGAGGGUGGAAUGGAUGAUUUGGACAUUGCAUCGGAAUGUGCGGACCAUCUCAUGGCAGGCAUCGAGACCACCAGCGAUACUUUGAUGUUUGCGGUCUGGUCCCUUUCGCGCCCUGAACAUCGGCACUUCCAAAAGGAGGUUAUCGAGGAGGUUUGCGCACUCUCAGAAAACGGUAUCAACGCAGAUGGCAUUCCACGAGUUGAGGCAAGCGACAAGCUCCCGUAUGUAAAUGCAGUCAUUAAAGAAACACUUCGACUAUUCGCACCGCUUCCAGGAUCAGAACCCCGGUCCCUUCCUACAAACACUACAAUCGAUGGAUAUGCAAUCCCCCCGAGGACUGUCGUUUCCAUGUCACCAUACAUUCUACAUCGGAACCCGGAGAUCUUCCCGGAGCCGUCAAGAUUCAACCCAGAUCGCUGGCUUGACGAGUCCCAAGACCAAGCAGAGAUGAAAAAGUUAUUCUGGGCAUUUUCUAGCGGAGGAAGAAUGUGUAUCGGGAUUCAGUAA